AUGUUUUUUAAUUAAAGUAUUAAUUAUUUAUAGAACAGACAAACAAACAAACAAAUUAUUAUUGAAACUUUAAAAUAAAUAUAAAAAUGGAAAAAGAUAUAAUUAAAGGAUUAAUUUUCAUUUUAGUUAAGAUAAAUACAGGAAUUCACUUCUAUUUCUUUUAUCAAUAUAUAAAUUAAUAUUAAGAAGGCUACAUCUACUGCUUCAUUAGCUUUUAUAUUAGCGAAAGAUUUUUUAGCUGGGCUUAUAAAUUAAGUUAUCUUAAAACUAAAUAAGAGUCCAUUUUAAUUUUAAUACUUAGCUUAGCAUAAUUGGACGAGUUUUACUUCAUCAAAGACUAUGAUAUAUUUUAUAAGUAUUUAGAAAAAGGUAUAGUAACAUAGAGUAUAAUUACAUACUUAUUUAACAUUCCUUUGUCUUUUGUGA